AUGGUGACAAUGACGAUGAUGAUGACAAUGAUUAUGACAAUGAUAAUGAUGAUGACAAUUAUAACCGUGAUAAUAAUGACAAUAAUGAUGAUGAUGAUGAUGAAAACUAUGUCAAUGAUGAUGACAAUUACAGUGAUGAUGAUGAUGAUGGACAAUGAUGAUGGUGACAAUGACGAUGACGACGAUGAUGAUUACAACAAUGAUGAUAAUGGUAAUGACAAAGACAAUUAUAACAAUUCUAAUAAUAAUGACAAUAAUGAUGAUGAUGAUGAUGAUGAUGAUGAUGAUGAUGAUGACGAUAACGAUGAUGAUGAUGAUGAUGAUGAUGAUGAUGAUGAUGACGAUGAUGAUGAUGAUGAUGAUGAUGACCAGCCCAUAAAACCCCCAGGGGAGCAGGGAGUGUCCCCAGGUGAAUGGGGAUCCCUGGGGAUGGGUGAGAUCCCUGUGCGAGAUCCCUGA